UGAUCAAAGUUGUUAAACAAUGAAACUAAAAAUCUACUUGUGAUCCUGUCACUUGAGGAAAACCAUUGGUCGGAUUUUGCCCCACAGCCUUUCAUGGUAUUGAUUUUAUGUGGUGUCUGCACCCUCCGCUGCUGGCUGCUUGUAUGUUCCGUGUGUCGUCUGCAGUUCCCGGCCUGGGGGCAAAGGUGUGGACGGUCUCGCCAGAGUGGGAUCCUGAGCGGCGCUGUCUUUCGCCUUCGCCUUCCUGCGCAGGGCCUGGCGAUCAGUCCCUCUGUUCGGGGUCCCUGACUUCCCGCAACAACUACCAUGGAACACCCGAUUCAGACUUAAUUCUAGAAGAACGAGAAGUGACUGUGUUGCUCAUGUGACAGCCGUGAAACACAGAAUUGACUGGAACAGCUGCGCUGGAUUUGGCCUGUUGAGUGAGGGAUUGGAAAGGAACAGUGGCGUCUUCUCUCACUGAGGGGUGGGAAGCCCAGCGGGAGAGUAAGGGGGUUCGGGGGGCUCCUCUGACGCGUGUGUGCAUCCAGGCGAGGAUGCGGACCUCUGCAGUGAGCUGCUGCAGGAGUCCCUGGACGCCCGGCGAGCACUUCCCGAGGCCUCGCUCUUCGAGGAGAGCACCGCGUCCUCUGUGUGGCUGGAGGUGGUGGAGAGAGCGACCAGGUUCCUCGGGUCCGUCGUGACGGGGGAUGUUCACGGAACGCCAGGCGCCAAAGGACCAGAAGCGUCCCCCUGCAGGACCAGCACUUGGCCCUGGCCAUCCUGCUGGAGCUGGCUGUGCAGAGAGGCACGCUGAGCCAAAUGUUGUCUGCCAUCCUGUUGUUGCUUCAGCUGUGGGACAGCGGGGCACAGGAGACUGACAAUGAGCGUUCCCACCCAGGACACCAACGCCCCGCUUUUGCCCUUGCUGCAAAGGUUCCAGAGCAUCAUUUGCAGGAAGGAUACACCCCACUCCGAGGGCGACAUGCACCUUUUGUCUGGCCCUCUGAGCCCCAGUGAGAGUUUCCUGAGGUACCUCACCCUUCCCCAAGACAGCGAGCUUGCCACUGAUCUGGGACAGACCGUGGUUGUCGUCAUGGGCCAUUUAGACCGUCCGGCUACGCCCUGUUUGCCUCCGCUGUGUAGCGCUCCGACGUCUCGUAAGGGAUCAUUGCAAGAGGUCAUAGGUUGGGGGUUAAUAGGAUGGAAAUACUAUGCCAAUGUGAUUGGUCCGAUCCAGUGCGAAGGCCUGGCCAAGCUGGGAGUCACACAGAUUGCCUGUGCAGAGAAGCGCUUCCUGAUUCUGUCACACAAUGGCUGGGUGCACACACAGGCCUACAAUAGUGCCACACUGGCCCCACCGCUGGUCCAAGGCCUUGCCUCCAGAAACAUUGUAAAAAUUGCUGCCCAUUCUGAUGGUCACCACUGCAUAGCCUUGGCUGCCGCUGGAGAGGCCUCUGGAGGAGCGUAAGGUGAUCUCCGCCUUCUCUGGAAAGCAGGCCGGGAAGCAUGUGGUGCAUAUCGCUUGCGGGAGCACUUACAGCGCGGCCAUCACUGCGGAGGGGGAGCUGUACACCGGGAGCCGCGGGAACUACGGCCGGCUGGGCCACAGUGCGUCUGCCCUACAUGAGUGGGAGCAUGCAGCAGGAGGUGGCCUCUCACAGGACUUAGGAACAGCCGUCCUAUCUGUUUGAAGGCUCCAGUGAGGACGAGGCCAUUCCAAUGCUGGUAGCUGGGCUUAAAGGACUGAAGGUCAUGUCAUCGAUGUGGCGUGUGGGAGUGGGGACGCUCACACCCUGGCUGUCACUGAGAACGGUACAUAGAGCUCUCGCCACCCAGGACCGGGCCUCGAGGACACGCUUGGCAGCUUCCCUGGAGGAAGUGAGAUGAGCACAGUGGGCCUUACGAGGCCGCCCACCCUGUCGCCCAGUGGGUGUGGGGUCAGUGGCAUUGGUGAAGAGGCCGCGGUGGUUAUUUAUGUGUAUACUUAUUUAUAUUAUUUUCUUCCCUAUACUUGCUUUGAGUUUAUUUUGCUUUUGUUUAUCUAAGUAGUUGAGGUGGGAGCUUAUUGAUUUGACAGGGCUUGUUUGCCUGGGGCCUGUCAGCAGAUUAGCAGCUGUGUGGGCAUUCCUGUGUGGGCAUUUUAUUUUUUUAAGCAUGAGAGUUGGGAUGGAAUGAAUGACACUCUGAAUUGUCUCUGGUUAGUAUUAUUACAUUUCUUAACGUUCGGCCACUCUUGAUUCCGUGUGGUAAUCCCUGCUAAGUCUUGCCGUGUUCUGUAGUCUGACACUGCGGUAUCUGUUUGCUUUGAAUUUUGCUUUUGGGUUUGUGUUCCUAACUGAGAUCAUCCUCAUCUUUUUUCGAGGGUACAUGAUGAGGUUUGAUGCUUAAAGUGACGUUAAUUUUUUAGAAACGACUUGUCUGUCAGUAUUGUGGGGGUCU